AUGGCCACAUUCUCCUCGACACCCAUCGUCAUUGAUGGCAAGGGCCAUCUUCUCGGACGUUUGGCUUCAAUAAUCUCGAAGCAAAUCCUCAACGGCCAGAAGAUUGUCGUUGUCCGGUGUGAGGAGAUAAACAUUUCGGGCAGCUUCUUCCGCAACAAGCUGCGGUACCACAACUUCCUCCACAAACGCCACAUUGUCAACCCCAAGAAGUCUGGUCCUUUCCAUCAUCGUGCGCCCUCAAAGAUUCUCUACCGGGCCAUUCGCGGCAUGGUCCCGCACAAGACUGCUCGUGGAGCGGCAGCUCUUGAGCGUCUCAAAUUAUUCGAGGGCGUACCUCCCCCUUAUGACCGUAAGAAGCGGAUGGUUGUCCCGGAGGCCUUGAGGGUCUUGCGGUUGAAGCCUGGCCGCAAGUAUUGUACUGUCAAGCGCUUGUCUCAUGAGGUUGGUUGGGGUUACAAGGAUGUGGUUGAUCGUCUUGAGGAGAAGAGAAAGAUCAAGGCUCAGGCCUUCCAUGAGCGCAAGCUCGCAGCUAUUAAGCUGCGUCAAAAAGCUUUGGCGGACACAGCGUCAUCCUUCGAGAAGCUCACGCAGCUUGGCUACUAG